UUCUGCGAUAGCUUCCUCCUUCUGACCACCAACACAUCUCGCCCGCCCAUGGUUUCCUCCCCUGCCUCCCCUAGGGAGGAGGAUGGCGGCGGCGGCUCCGGCAGGCCCACGCGCCGCGCCGAGAAGAGGAGAAUGCACGGCAGCACUGCCUCGCCGGAGCCGGCUUCCGCAGACAGGACGUCGCAGGAUCUCCUCUCAUCAAGGAGUUGCGAGGAAGACGGUGAUGGAACUACAACUACAUGUGGAAAGUGGCACCCGGAGGAAUCACACAGACCUGAAAUUGGCGAUGCUCCUGUUUUUACCCCAACUGAAGAGGAAUUCGAAGAUGCAAUUGGGUACAUUAUGAGCAUCGGUCCUCAAGUCGAGAAGUAUGGAAUUUGUCGUAUUGUUCCACCGUCUUCUUGGAAACCACCUUGCCCUCUAAAGGAGAAGAGUUUUUGGGACUCUACAGAGUUCAACACCCGAGUUCAACAAGUUGACAAGCUUCAAAACCGAGAACCCACAAAGAAAAAAACCCAACCUCCAGUUCAGAAGAAAAGAAAGAGAAGAAAGAAACUUAGGUUUGGGAUGUCUAGCAGGCGACCUAGCGCGAAAGACUCCGACGAGAAGUUCGGCUUUCAGUCUGGCUCAGAUUUUACACUCGACGAGUUCGAGAAAUAUGCCGACGACUUCAAGCAGCAAUAUUUUGGAAUGAAGGGAAUUGAUGAAAUGUCUCUUUCUGAAAUUAAAAGUGGCAAAAAAAUUUGGCGACCAUCAGUUCAGGAAAUUGAAGGAGAAUAUUGGCGGAUAGUUGUAUGCCCUGAUGAUGAAGUUGAGGUGGAUUAUGGUGCUGAUCUGGACACCGCAACGUUUGGUAGUGGAUUUACUAAACCGUCUGUUUUAGACUCAAAUAAGCAAGAUCCAUAUAGUUCAUCUGGUUGGAACUUGAAUAAUCUGCGACGACAGCCUGGGUCUGUUCUUUCAUUUGAAACUGAGGAUAUAUCUGGUGUUGUAGUCCCUUGGCUUUAUGUUGGGAUGUGUUUCUCAUCAUUUUGCUGGCAUGUGGAAGAUCAUUUCCUUUAUUCUCUGAAUUACAUGCAUUUUGGUGAACAAAAAGUAUGGUAUGGUGUUCCUGGUGAUAAUGCAGUGAAGCUGGAAGAAGCUAUGAGAAGGAACUUGCCAAGACUGUUUGAAGAACAGCCUGAUCUCCUGCAUGAGCUGGUUACACAGUUAUCCCCUUCUGUUCUGAAAUCAGAAGGAAUACCUGUCUACCGUGUUGUUCAGAAUCAAGGCGAGUUUGUUCUAACACUACCGCGAGCUUAUCAUUCUGGGUUCAACUGUGGCUUCAACUGUGCAGAGGCAGUAAAUGUUGCUCCUGUGGAUUGGCUGCCCCAUGGACAAUGUGCCGUUGAGCUCUACAGAGAUCAGCGGCGAAAGACAUCAAUAUCACAUGAUAAGUUGUUACUUGAAACUGCACAAGAAGCUCUCACACAGCUUUGGAUGAACCUUCAAAACUCUAAGACUGGUCAGAAAAAAUAUUUAUGGCUUGAUAGCCGUGGAAUAAAUGGAGUGUUGACAAGUGCAGUUCAGACAAGGGUUAAAAUGGAAGGUGCAGCACGUGAGGCAAAUGCUCUUUUGCAAUGUAAGAAGAUGGAUCAAGAUUAUGAUUCAACAGACCGGGAAUGCUUUUCAUGCUUCUAUGAUCUCCAUUUAUCUGCUGUCAGUUGCCAAUGCUCGCCAAAUCGCUUUGCUUGCUUAAACCAUGCAAACCUUCUAUGUUCAUGUGAACCGGACACAAAAUUUGUGCUAUACCGAUACAGUAUGGAGGAGCUGAAUGCUCUUAUUGCAGCUCUGGAGGGAGAUGCAGCUGCAGUGUACCAGUGGAGACAGUACAAUGCAGACUUAGUUUGCCAAUCUGGUUCUAUGCAGCAGAAGAUUGACUUCAGUAAAAGCGCAGAAUUAUCUGGACCUGUAAUAGAUGCUGACAUUGAUUGCAGCUUUGAUGGCUGCCAUGAUCUUGACAAGCCAGUGGGAUAUCCGAAAGAGAAGGAAGUUCAGAAUAAAUGUGUUGAUCUGAACAUCGAAGAUCCAUCAAGUAGUUGUAGAAUAAAAGAAGAGCUAACCUGUAGUUCUAGCACAGAAAAGUUUGACAAGGACAAGAUGGUCAUCGAUUGUGAGUCUCUGGGGACAAGUAAUCCAACUAGUCAUUCAUUCGACCUAUCAUGUCCUCCUAGAACACCAACAGAAAAUUCCACCCCAGCCUCCAAAGCUACUGAGAAACUGUUUGGUGUUGACAUUGAAUACGGCGUGGCCAAGGCUUUGCAUUCCCAGGUUUUUCAAGUGGCCAAGCCUUCUUCAAGCCAAUCUGAUCAAGUCUCCCGGGCAACAAUAUUAAGGCAUGUGGUUGAGCCACUUGACUAUGGAACAGUGAUGGUUGGCAAAAAUUGGUGCAAUCAUCAAGCUAUCUUUCCAAAAGGAUUUAGGAGUCGAGUUACAUUUCACAAUGUACUAGAUCCAACAAGGACAUGUUGCUACAUUUCAGAAGUUCUUGAUGCUGGACUUCUCGGACCAUUGUUUAGGGUGGCAGUAGAAGAGCUUCCGGAGAUUUCGUUUACUCACACUUCGCCAAUUCAAUGUUGGGACAGUGUGAGAGACAGGGUAAAUGAAGAAAUAAAAAAACAACACAGGGCUGGAAAAUCCGGUGUUCCUGAUCUAUUAUCCACCGAUUCUGUAGACGGACUUGAAAUGUUUGGUUUCUUUUCCCCACCAAUCAUUCAGGCAAUCGAGGCUCUAGAUCCCAAUCACAAGUGCUUAGACUAUUGGUUGUCUAAGUGUACGCCUCCUUUGAAAAGACUCCCUUUGGAGUCUAUGAUGGCCGCAACAGUUGACGGCACUAAUAAUUCCCCCAUAAAGUUACUUGGGGUUGAUAUUACCAGCAAGGAAUCUGAACAAUCCAGUUUCAGCAAUAAUUCCUGUGCUGAGGAGGUUAAACUGGGUAGGUUCCUGAAGAGGGCUGAACUCCCAGAAGACUCGGAAUUAGUUGGCAUGAAUAAAGCAAUUGACAGCAGCAUUUGGAGUGCAGCCGGCAAUCUGCAGGAUGAGAUGAAGAAUAAUGUAGAUAAAUAGUGCUCUGAAUAGAUAAGCGAUUUUAAUAACUCAUCCUAGAAAGCUUUUCCUUAGGGAACCAUUCCAUUAGAAUUGAACCUAGAACCACCAUUGAUUUGCAUUCUUAUAGGAUUGCAUUCCCCUAAGCUUUAGAUCAUCCCGAUUUAUUCUAACUUGGCAACAAGUUAUUUUACUCUCUGAUAGUCUCCUGAUUAGCCAGGUUCAUGGUAACCUAUUUAACAAGAUGAUCAUUCAGUUCUCAAAAGUUUACAUGUACAAAAUCUUGUUGCUGGAAAUUGCAGAAGAAAUGAAGAAAAUUGAUUUGAUUGCA